UAGUGAGGAACAUAAAAACAGCAACAGUAAAAAGUAUGGAAAACGACAGUGACAUGGAAUCUGAUUCAACAGAAGAAUCUGACAUACUUAUAGAACUGAUUUUAAACCAAUCUCCGAUAAAAGAUAUAAAAGAAAGCCUUGAGAACAAAACAGAUUUAAAUUACUGUUUUAAUGGUUGGAGUCCACUGCAUUAUGCUACUUCCUUAAACAACAUCGAGCUCUGUCGUUUGCUUGUUCAACUGGGUAGCAAUGUAAACUUUGUCGCGAAAAGCGCUCCUUCGCGCGAGUUCCUUAACUAUGGACACUCGCCGUUUGCUAUCUCCUGUUCACGAACAACUCGCAUGGAAAUAUUUCAUCUGUUUUUGGAAAACGAUGGAGACGUAAAUUCUGCAGAUCCUUAUUGUGAAAAAACUCCAUUAAUGCACGUUGUCUAUGAACCUGAUAAAGAUGAAGAUCUUUGUUCUAUCGAAAUACAAAAUACAAAAUUGGAGAGCCUAUUACAAAAGGGUGCAGACUUUAACGAAACAGAUAGAAUGGGUAAAAAUGUUCUUCACUUUUUUAAUUUAUAUACGGAAACGGAAGAGGAGGAAAGUAUUGCCUUGAAAAUGAUUCGAUUAAUAAUUGAUCAAGGUAUUGAGUUUGACAAAACAGAUAUCUGGGGUAACACACCAUUAAGAAACUUCAGUGAAGAUCUCCGACCGCGAAGAAUGUCUAUGCUUAUUAAACACGGUGCUAAUAUUAAUGCAACACUUAGUAGGGACGAUAGCACCAUGAUACACUCAUUGAGUUACUUACGCAGUGAAGAUUAUGUUACUGAUUUUUACAGGAGACUGCAAGAGUCUUUAGAAGUUCUUACAAAUGCAGGAUUAGGUAUAAAUACAAGUACAACAAUUACUGGCGAUACUCUGUUACAUGAGAUUGUAUCAGGAGAAUUGAAAGCUUUGACAAUACAAAAAGUCAUUGAGUGGGGCGCAGAUGUCAAUCAAAAAAACUGUUUUGGUUACACGCCUUUGCACACAUCAUUAAUUUACAAAGAAAAGCUCCGCCCAUCAUUAUCGUAUCCAGAGGAAGUGAAGAACAGAAUCGAAGUAUCUAGAGUCCUCUUGGAAAAUGGAGCUGACAUUAAUACCAGAGACAUUAAUCAAAUGACACCUUUAAUGGGGGCUGCGAAGGAGAAUAAUUUUCAUAGUGUUAAGCUUUGCAUUGAAUGUCGAGCAGACGUCAACGCUAUUGACAAAUUUGGGCGCACUGCACUCCACCAUUGUUUCUUUUUUCUCGCUGACGAAGAUGAAAGCAAAAUUCAGCAGAAAGAGAUUUCAGAAAAGUUGCUAAAAUCUGGAAUUGAUGUCAACAUAAGGGACAGAAAUGGAUGCAAUGCGGCUUACUACAUUAAAUUUCUGCACGAAGGUAUGCAAAAACGAUUGUCGGGUAUCUUAGUGAAACUUCACGGGAAAACUGAGAGUAGUAAUGAAAAGCUUACAGCUGAUUUCUCAUGGGAGAAUUACAAGUUCAAAUUAGAAGAUCUUUCAAAUUUUUUCAACCUAAAAAAUGAAGAAAAAGUAUCAGUCUCGGUAGACAGUACGAAGGUUUUUGAAAUUAUUGACACAGCCGGUAUUGGUGCAGCAGAUAGGCUCCCAGAAACGUCUAAAAUCAACGAAAAAGUCGAAAAAUUGGUCCAAAAGUUCUCUGAAGUAAUGACAUAUCAAUACUCUUUGAAGUGCACGUCUCUUAUCUCAGGUGGAGUUUCAGAAGGGUCAAAAGUUGCUUUUCCAGACGAAUUUGACUACUUACUUAUCUGUGAAGAUUUGUCUAAUGAUGUGGAGCCGGAAUUGGGGGAAGACACAGAAGCUGGAUUUGUAAAUUUAAAGUGUGAAUAUGGGUACUUUAGUAUAUCGAAAUUCACACCCAGAUUCAGCAAGCUGGCUUUUAAUGCAUUAAGUGCGAUGGAACAAGACUUUAAUGAGAUUUAUUGGACUCCAAAUAAAUACGGUAGUCAAACCGAUAUGGAACGUGGGGAUAAUGAAGCAAACUUUCUCAUUACCUUGGAAUAUCCGUCUAUAAACAUUGGUCAGUUUAAAAUCACAGUUGACAUUGUUCCAGUAAUCAGUUUGCCAUCAGAUUUUUGGCCUGAUCAAAUGGAUGUAACAUAUAAAGCUGCCGAAGGAAAGUUGUAUGCUUUGCUUAUGAAAUGUCCAGGUGAUGAUGAAAAUGAUAUAGUACAAACACGAAUCUCAACAUCAUCCCUUGAAACCAACAUCAUUAAGAACCUCCCCAAACACGUGAAGAAUGCAUUUAUUGCUCUGAAAGCAUUAAGAGAGAUCUCCCUGGCACACAAUAAAGACUGGUAUUCUGUUGAUACAUACAUUCUUAAAAGUGCUUUACUGAAAUACGUUUCUUCACACGUCGAACAUUCGAUGGAAGCACAAACUGAAUCAUCCAAGAUUUUAAAUGCAAUGCAUGGUAUUUUAUCAUGUGUUGACGCUAAAUCCUUUUUCUUUCCAGAAGUUUCACUACGAGAAACCGAUAAUGAGUUUAUUUAUUAUCUGCAAGAUAAUGAAAGAAAGGAAUUUCUUCAACAGUUGAAGGGAUUUUUGAAGGAAACCUUCUCUAUUUCCAUUUAGCACCUUGUGUUUUUAUACCUUUAGUCACUUACAUAUUUUUUAUAUAAGCAUGAAUCCGUAGGCUCAAAUUUGGUCAUUUUUUAAGCAUAUGGUAAGCAUUAUGUGAAGCCUAAGAAGAUGUUGUGAAGUUUGUAGUGCGAUUUAAGUUGUAAUUACUGAUGUUUAAAAUUUAAAUACAAUAUUUUGUUUUCAAAUAAGCAUAUUUUGAGCUUGAUAAUGUGUUUUUCAUAAGCAUAUUUUAACAAAUAUUUUUGCUAUUUAGCAUAACCUAAGCAUAUAUUGAGCCUGAUAAAGACCUUUUCAGAAGCAUCCUUAAGCCUUAUUUUGGCAUUUCAAUUGCUUAUAAAAAGCAUGUAUUAAGGAAGAUAUAGUAUAAUGCUUAUAAAUGUAUUUUUAAAAGACUCACUGGCA